ACAACAUGAACGCCAAUCAAGCCGUCCGCCAAGGACAACGAAGCUGCGGAAGCAACACUAAACAUGUUGAUCCAUAUGCGUGGCACAGCACAGGGCAACGUCACGCGUAUCAAAAAUAUUUUGAAGCAAGUGGACCAGACUGAGCUCACUCCUGCUCAAGUGAAGGUCUACAUCAGGAAGGUGGAAACUGCUUACACCGAGUACCACCAAUAUCACCAACAAGUUAUGGCAAGUAUUCCACCCAACCAGCGAGAGGAUCAAGAUGUAAAAUUCCUGCAUUUCGAAACGCUACACGAAGAGGUGUCAACCAUUCUCGAAACCUGGCUUGACAAUUUGACCGCACCUCCACCGAAUCACCUUCAACAAGUGAUGCCAUUAGCUGUAAAUCAUCAACCCGUCGUGAUCCAGCAGUCCCUUCCUCGUGCCAUUCCCACGUUUGACGGGAGGUACGAGAACUGGUAAAAAUUCAAGAUCAUGUUUCGAGACGCUGUUGAUCGCACCAACGAAGUACCGCGAAUAAAGCUGUAUCAUCUUGAGAAAGCUCUCGUUGGUGACGCAGCGCAAGCUCUCGUUGGUGACGCAGACGCAAUCAGCGAUGGAAACUACGAGCACGCCUGGCAACUAUUGGAAGAACGAUUCGAGGACAAGCGGAGAAUGAUUGACAUUCAUAUCGCUGGCUUACUUGGUACGAAGAAAUUGCAGGAAGAGGAUUACGUGGAGGUCGAGUCCAUCACUGGUCACGUGCAGAAUUUGAAAUUCCUCAACCAGCAGUUCACCGGAGUAUCGGAGCUAAUCGUCGUUCAUCUGAUCGCUCGUGCGUUGGAUGCUACAACAAAGAAGCAGUGGGAGUCCACCAUCAAGCGUGGAGAGCUACCUACCUACGAGACCACCAUCCAAUUUUUGAAGGACCACGUCUCAGUUCUGGAGAGAUGCCACGGUUCUUGUGAAGAAUUCGGAUUCCAACGAGUCAACGCAGCAACAACGGCGGAUCGAUGUGAGAUGUGUGGAGAAGCUCAUCCAACGUUCAAGUGUUUGUGGUUCAACAGCCUCACUGUGAGUGACCGGCUGUCCAAAGUCAAGGAGAAAAAUGUCUGCUUCAACUGCUUGAGGCGUGGACACAGCGUGAAUAAUUGCCCUUCGAAAAAAUCGUGCUUCAAGUGCAACAAGAGACACCAUACGAUGCUCCAUUUGGAGAGCCGUACCAGUUCACCGCGGCCUUCUAGUGAAGAUUUUGCAAAGAAGUGCCCCCCAGCGAUGCCGAAUCCUGUGGUUCCGGAACCAAACAAGGUUUCACAAUUCAACGUGGAUGCCGAUCAUCAGCUCUCGGUAACAGCAGCACACUCCAACAACCCGAAGAAUCCAGCGAGUCAGGUGGUGUUGCUCACCGCCCUCGUUGAUGUUUUCGAUCAUCAGCAACGUCCUCGCGUGUGCAAAGCUCUGCUAGACUGCGGUUCCCAGGAUGCGGACGCCGGGAAGGACGACAAACCGGAUGGCACCGGCCAGGGCCACAAGCUGGGAUGGAUCGAGGGCGUACUGAUCCCCUGUCUGCUCAACAUCUGGGGCGUGAUGCUGUUCCUGCGUCUCAGCUGGGUCGUUGCGCAGGCCGGGAUUCUUCACACCCUGCUUAUCAUUGGCGUUUCGUACCUGGUGUGCGUGAUCACCACCCUCUCGCUUUCGGCGAUCUGCACCAACGGACAGGUUAAGGGGGGUGGCAUAUAUUAUCUGAUUUCAAGAUCGUUGGGACCGGAGUUUGGGGCAUCGGUCGGGGUGGUGUUCGCCUUCGCGAACUCGGUAGCCGCCUCGCUGAACACUAUCGGGUUCUGCAAUGCGCUGAAUGAUCUGCUGAGAUCGUACGACACAAAGAUCGUCGACGGGGACGUGAAUGACGUCCGCAUCGUUGGCACACUGGCGAUCAUCGUGAUGGUCAUCAUCUGCGCCGUCGGGAUGGAGUGGGAAGCGAAGGCCCAGAAUCUGCUCAUCGUCACCAUCGUGGUAGCCAUUUUCACGUUCCUGAUCGGGGUGAUCAUGGGACCGAGCGGUGAGGGCGAAAUCGCCCGUGGAUUUCUGGGAUUCUCGGGCGAAGUGUUCGCCGUUAAUUUGCACGCAGACUUCCGGUUCAGCGAGAAUACGGCCCAGACGUUCUUCACCGUGUUCGGGAUCUUCUUCCCGAGCGUUACAGGCAUCCAGGCGGGGGCAAACAUUUGUGGCGAUUUGAAGGACCCGGCGACGGCUAUUCCCAAGGGAACGCUGCUCGCGUUGGUCAUCUCGGCGAUAUCGUACGUGACAUUUGUAUUCUUCGCUGGAUCGGCCGCACUGCGAGAUGGCUCCGGGGAUAUAGCGGAUUUUGUGAAUGGGACUUUCCCGUCCUGUACGGCCGAAGGCAACUGUGCGUAUGGUCUGCACAACGAUUACACCGUAAUGCAGUUGAUGUCAGCAUCCAGCGGGGUGAUUUACGCUGGCUGCUUUGCAGCCACCCUCAGCACGGCACUGACCAAUCUUCUGUCGGUGCCAAGAAUUAUUCAAGCUCUGGGCAUCGAUCGCAUCUAUCCGGGAUUGAUAUUUUUCUCGAAGGGAUACGGUAAACACGGGGAACCUUACCGCGGCUACGGCUUGGUGCUCAUAAUCUCCGUGUCGUUUGUUUUGAUUGCGAACAUCAACGCGAUCGCUCCGUUAAUUUCUAACUUUUAUCUGGCUUCGUACGCGUUGAUCAACUUCUGUACCUUUCACGCGGCCAUCGUGAAGCCUCUGGGCUGGAGACCAUCCUUCCGAUACUACCACCCCCUGUUAAGCCUCAUCGGAUCGGUACUCUGUAUCGCCAUCAUGUUCAUGAUCGACUACAUCUACACCAUAGUGACAAUCGUGGUGAUCUUUGUUCUCUAUCUGGUCGUUGUGUACCGCCAGCCGGACGUCAACUGGGGCUCCAGCACGCAGGAACAGACCUACAAGAGCGCUCUGUCUUCAACGCUGCAGCUGCAGCGCAUUGGAGAUCACGUCAAGAACUACCACCCCUCAGUGCUGGUCCUCACGGGGAACCCCCUGAAUCGAUCCCCACUGGUGGACAUGGCUCAUCUCAUAACCAAGAAUCAUUCGCUCAUGAUCGUGGGCGAUAUCAUCCGGGAGCGCCGAUCGCACCGCAAGCGUCACGAGGUGAACGCGGAGUGCACGAAAUUUUUGGAGAUCCGAAAGAUCCGUGGGUUCUAUCAACCCAUCGAUGGGGUAUCGUUCGCGGAUGGUGUCCACGCGCUCAUACAGACCUCCGGGGUGGGUAAGCUUUCGCCCAAUAUAGUGCUGCUAGGUUACAAGGCCGAUUGGGUGAGUUGCCCGGCGGAAGAUCUGCGUGGGUAUUACGAUGCGUUGAAUGAUUCGCUGGAGUGCCGCAUGGCGCUGGUGAUCCUUCGGUUACCCCAUGGGUUGGAUUUCUCCCACUUAACCACGGAAAUUGUGUCCGGUGAGGAAUCUAUGGGUAACCACCGCGCAGCGGUAUCUUCUAUCACGCGCAACGGAUUCAAAAACGGACAUGGACCAUUCCACGUUGACCUGGAGUCAAUGGCGGCGAGUAGCGACAUUACCAUGGCUCCGUCCACCCCCGUACCGGAACCGAGAUACCGCCCGCUGGACGAAAGCAUCAUCUACUCGACCCGCGGAGGUUCGAGCGUCCCCCGGGAGACCCUGGAUCGGCUCGGGAUCUUCCAGCGGAAGCAACCCAAGGGCACGAUCGACGUGUGGUGGCUUUACGACGACGGUGGCCUCACAAUGCUCAUUCCGCACAUCAUGUCGAUGCGUUCGAAGUGGUCCCAGUGCGAGAUCCGCGUGUUCGCCCUCGCCAACCGCCAGAUGGAGCUGGAGGUCGAGCAAAGGAACAUGAAUAAUCUGCUAACGCAGCUCAGGCUCCAGUACACCUCGCUCACAAUGCUGCAAGGGGUGAUGGAUUCUCCCCAGCAGGCCACGAUCGAUAUGCACCGCCGGCUGUUGGAGCGCUUCGUGGUGGGGAACGGAGCAGGCGAGGCGGAACUGUCAGCGCUGAAGGAAAAAACUCACCGCCAGCUGCGACUGCGCGAGAUGCUGCUCGAGAACUCGAGCAAGGCCAACUUGAUCGUUAUGUCGAUGCCGAUGCCGAGGCUGCGCACAAUUUCGGCUCCCAUCUACAUGUCGUGGCUGGAAAUGCUGACCAAGGAUAUGCCGCCCUUCCUACUGGUGCGUGGUAACCAAACCUCCGUGCUCACGUUCUAUUCCUGAACAACCACCUCGAAUGUAUGAUCUGUAUUACGCUCUUAGCUUUAGGAUUCAGUAGCAAUAUAUUUUCAACGAUUAGAAAUAAAGAACUCCGGGAUCAUUGUGUGGAUGCCCCCCUGAAACCACUCACCGGUAACAAAUCGUUGCCGGAUGAAGGGCCCAAGAGCCCCGAAGGGGUUCGAAGCGACGCGAGGCAACUUAGAAAAUUAAUUUCCACAUUGAAGCGGGGAAAAAUAUGAUUCAAGCCCUGUGGCGUUAAGACUUCUGCGGGACGCCACCGGACGGACGAUGGCCUGUGCUCUCUCGUAGCGCGUUACCUAUUGCUGUCAAAUGUCAUCGAUUAUGAGUCCGGUGGACACAUCUGGUCGAGGCUGGGCGCCGUGCGGCGCGAGAAACCA